AUGACUUCACGUGUACUUUGCUUUGUGCUUAUUGCCAUCGUCUGUAUCCCGCUAUUUUUGAUUUUAAAUCACUCCGACCAUGGCAGUACGAUUAGCAACUAUCUGCAAGGAAACGGGCAUACAGAAGAUGAAAAGAAUGAAAAAUCCUAUGGUGUUAUUAUGGAUGCAGGUUCCACCGGCACGAGACUUUUCCUCUACACUUGGACUAGUCGAUCAGAUAAGGAGCUUAUCAAUAUAACUCCUGCUCUCGAUCACCUAAAUAAUCCUGUUGUUAAAAAGGUCUAUCCGGGACUGAGCUCAUUUCAAGAUCGCCCUCACAAAGCAGCUGAAUACGUUAAACCACUGUUGGACUACGCAUCACAGUUUAUACCACACGAUAAGUUACCAUUUACACCAUUGUUCCUGCUGGCAACAGCUGGAAUGCGGCUUGUUCCCGAGAAGGAACAAAAUGCUAUUCUUAACGAUCUUCACACUAAGCUUCCUCAAAUGACUUCAAUGCAGGUAAUGAAAGAGCACAUACGAGUGAUUGAAGGCAAAUGGGAAGGAAUAUACAGUUGGGUAGCGGUCAACUAUAUUUUAGAUAAGUUCAAAGCCGUGAAUGCUUCUAUUUCUUCGCGUCCUGAAACAGUGGGUAUGAUUGACAUGGGUGGAGCUAGUAUGCAAAUCGCAUUUGAAAUGGACCCUAAAGACGAGUUCAGGAGCGAGAAUGUAGAACACGUCAAUCUAGGUUGUCGUGAUGAUGAUGAUAGUUACAAAUACAAGCUCUUUGUUACUACAUUUCUAGGAUAUGGUGUGAACGAAGGUUUACGAAGGUACGAACAAGAGCUGAGCGAUCGAUUGCUACACACCAAAGAAUCAUACGUUCGGGAUGAAUGUAUGCCGGUGAACCUUCAAAAAGUCAUCAAUAGAAGCGACGGGACUAUGUUUGUUAGAAAGGGUAUAGGAGACUGGGACGGAUGUGUAAAACAAUUGGCUGAGUUACUUCACAAACCUUCAGUCCAUCCAAAGCAUAUCUGCGAGCCCAAAUGCUUCUUUGGAUCCGUGGCGGCUCCACUGGUCUCCCUGUCGAAAAUGAGGAUAUAUGGGUUUUCUGAGUACUGGUAUUCUCUAGACGAAGUACUAUCACUUGGGGGCCAGUACAGUCACUCAGUGAUCGCCGAAAAGUCGAAGCAGUACUGCUCGCAGCGAUGGUCGCAGAUUCAGACUGCAGCGCGACGGAAACUUUAUCCAAAAUCCAACGAGGACCGGUUGAAGAGUCAGUGCUUCAAAUCUGCGUGGAUAACGGCAAUUCUUCACGAUGGGUUCGAAGUAGAUCGGGAACACAAUAAUUUUCAGACUGCAUUUACAAUAGCAGGACAGGAAGUUCAGUGGGCGCUAGGAGCAAUGAUCUACCAUAUGCGAUAUUUCCCUCUCAGAAACAGUGCCACUAACCUGGUCGUUAACAAGCAUCCGCACGACACAUCGUUACCAUCAUCAUUUUCCUUAUGGUUGCUCAUGUUUGCGAUCUGGGAACGGAAUUGGAUGACGAUCUAUUUGAUUGUGGACGGACACCUGAACAUCUUGUCUAAGCCGGAGAACACAGACGAAAAGGAGAAAAGAAAUUCUAUCUAUGUUUCAAUUGUCAAGGAAUUUCUUGAUGAGAUGGCAAGCCGGCAACCAGACCUUGAAAUUGAAGUUUACUGGGGCAAUACUAGUUGUGUCCGGUCGAAGAUUUCGAGCGAUCAAAUUAUGUCUUCUCUGGAAGAUGCUAUUUCAAAAAAUAAGGGGAAUCUCCAUCUUGGACACCUAUUUGACGAAAUUCGUCCAAAUAUGAACCGUGAUGAUGCAGUGGUACUACUUACUGAUGGUUCGGUUUUCAAGGCUGAUAUUACAUCUUAUCCGCGUGGUUUGAUGUUCUCCAUCGUCGUGGAUAUUGGACCAACUGAUUCGGAUCAAAUGGCUGAACUAAACGAGCUUUCAGCAACUUGCAAUAGUGAAACUCAGUCUGAGGGCAACCCAAAAAACUGGGUUUUACGAUAUUCUGAAUACAGUGGUGUGAACGCUUUGGUUGCGGAAUUGAUGAAUAGCCUGUUGGAGCCAGAUUUCACCACUUUAUACAUUGGAAAUCUUUCAGCGUCGAUAAAGCUUCACCCAUCCACCGAAAAACAUCUCCCCGAGAGCAUAGAAGUAAUUGGAUUUGUUCGAUCAGCUAAUAUGGUGAAUAUCCCUGUUGAUGGAGUGCAGUUCAUCACGCCAUAUCCUCAUUCACAGCGCAAAAUGAGUGCUGAGAACCGUCCUCCAGAAAAUGAGGAUUCAUUGGAUUUUGUUUGCACCGACGAACAAGAUAGCGAGGAUCUUCUUGGGAUAUUAGGUCCUGCACUGAUUGAAGCGGAGAGCGUGGCCUUGGUGCUCAUCAAUGAAGGGGACUACGGAUGCAUCACUUCUGAGAAAGUAGGAGAUAACUUCUGCUUAAUAUUGAAUAAGCUCCCAGAAGACCUGCCGGAUUUUAUUCCGAAUUUUUCAACUCUAGAAUCUGGUCCAGACGAGCAAGCAGGACCUUUACAUUUCACUACAUUACAAGGCACAGCCCCCAGUUAUAACCCCGUUGUUCAAUCAUGGGUUACCGAACAUGGGUUCAACAUGGACUUCCAAAAAAUGUUCAGAUUGUUAAGGAAGCUACCUGACAGGCCGCAUUUAUUCUAUCAGGAGGUAAACCGAUUCCGUAAGUAUGCUUUAGCUAUCGGAAUGGAUCAUGUACUGCAUGAAGCAGCAAAAAUUAUUCGGGAGGAGAUUGUUCAGCUGAAUGCCACAGCCCAAACACAUGGCGCAUACGUGGCGACAGCAUUUGAAAAAGAAAAUCCAAGGUCCAUCCCGGAAAUAGUUCAAUGGGGUGCAUAA